GAAAUUGGAGAGAGAAGAAGUUAUCUCCCCUUCGUGUACAAUGGCUGGAGAAGUUGUUGUCGAUGCCUUACCUUAUUUUGACCAAGGAUAUGACGAACCAGGUGUUAGGGAAGCCGCUCUUGCUUUGGUUGAUGAAGAAACAAGAAGAUACAGACCUACAAAGAAUUAUCUAGAAUACUUACCUGCUCCUAACUAUCUCCAGUUUGAGACAGAGAUAAUGAAAACAGAGUAUGAAAGAAUGCAGUCACGGUUACCUAUGGAUAUGCUGAACAUGAAAAGGUAUGAACUUCCUCCACCUCCAGCAGGAAAGAUGACAGAUAUAUCUGCCUGGAAUGAGGCUGUAGAGAACUCACAAGCACAGUUAGAACAUCAAUCUCUAAGAAUAUUGAAUUUAGAACUAUUGUCAGAAUAUGGUUCGAAUGCUUGGAAAUCUUACAAUACAGUGUUAUCCCAGAUGGUGGAACAAGCAACAAAACAGUUACAAGAACUCAGGAAGAAGAUACAGGAAAUAAAUUGGCAAAGAAAGAAUGAACAAACUCAGGCUGGGGGUAAACUGAAAGAAUUAGAAGAAAGUUGGGUAGGACUGGUCAGUAAAAAUUAUGAGAUAGAAAGAGCCUGUGUAGAAAUUGAAAGAGAGAUAGAAGAAAUGGAACAGAAAAGAGCAAAAAAGGCAAAAAGAUAGAGAAAAGCUAGAAAAUGGAGUGACGUCCUAUGGAAAACAGAUUUGAUAAGUAUCUCCGAAAAUCAUGACAUUUACUGCAUAGCAGUGAAAAAUUACACUGACAUUUCCUGAACUUGCCAUGAUUUUUAAAUAUGUAGAGAUUUAAGAUGAUUGUUGAACUGGAAGAUCAAUGAAGAUUUGUAAUACUAUUGUAGAAAAGUGAACAUGGAUAUACAAUCUACAUG